ACUGACAGCUUUUAGGUAGGUUCAAGUAAGCAGGUGGUGUGAAAAGUAAAGAUGAAGAUACUGGAGAGAGGACACUGGGCCAGUAAGGCGGAGUUUCUCUUGGCUGUAGCGGGGAAUGUUGUCGGCCUGGGCAAUGUGUGGAGAUUUCCUUACCUCUGCUACAAAUACGGAGGAGGUGCAUUCUUGGUGCCAUAUCUUUUAUUUGUGGUGACCUGUGGUGUACCCCUGUUCCUGUUGGAAACCACUACUGGUCAGUACACACAGGAGGGGGCCAUCACCUGCUGGAGGAAGCUUUGCCCGCUGGCAGAAGACCCAUCCGAGAUGAGGGUGACGUCACAGUCUUCACAUCGGCCGGACACAGCGGGAUUGGACGAAGACACGCGACGCGGCUACGCGGUCUCCAUUCACGCCUGGAAGCCACAUGCCGGCCGACAGGUGCAGACACUGGAAGACUCGAAGGCGAAACUCUCCAGCAGUCCCAACUCCAGCAUCCCACCGGCUCCGGAACACCGGCCACGAAGACCCCGGCAGAGGGCGACGAGGACGCACCGACACCACAGCGUGUCUCGAGGAGAGGAAUCGCCCGUAAACACCGGUGAUCCAGCAUGGCGGUCCGCAGGAGCAAAACCCGUCUGCGCCUCACUUGGACGCCGAAUCGAAUGCCUCGUUUCAUCCGCCUCUUCCUCCUGCCCGGAGCUCGAAACAGCAGCAGGCACUCGGAAUUUGGCUGAGUUCAACAUCAUCCUGCCAAAGAAACCUUGUCGGAAUAACGUCUUUCUUCUUAUCCUGUCAGAUAACUGUGUAGACAUUUCAAGUCCAAAUAACACCUUCAAAUGGACAAACCAGACCAAUGCAACCUCCGCGGCCACAGAAUUCUGGGAGCGACGAGUGUUGGCUCUGUCAGGAGGCAUUGAGGACAUCGGUGGCAUCAGGUGGGAGGUGCUGUUGUGCCUAAUUGCUCUGUGGAUCAUCUGUUACUUUUGUGUCUGGAAAGGGGUCAGGUCAACAGGAAAGGUGGUUUAUUUCACUGCUACAUUACCAUAUGUAAUGUUGUUCACCCUGUUGAUCCGUGGACUCUCACUUCCUGGGGCUCUUGAGGGAGUGAAGUUUUAUCUUCUACCUGAACCAUCACAUCUCACAGAUCCUCAGGUUUGGAUGGAGGCUGGAGCUCAGAUCUUCUUCUCAUACAGUGUGGGUGUGGGUACUUUAGCUGUGCUUGGCAGCUACAAUACCUACAACAACAACUGCUACAGAGACUGUCUGUGGCUGUGUUUGCUGAAUAGUGGUACCAGUGUGGUCGCUGGAUUUGCAGUCUUCUCUGUGUUGGGAUUCAUGGCUCAUGAACAGGGUGUUCCCAUUGCACGAGUGGCAGAAUCAGGUCCAGGCCUGGCGUUCAUUGCAUACCCCCAGGCUGUAGCCAUGAUGCCUGUCCCUCAACUUUGGUCUGUCUGUUUCUUUUUCUUGCUCAUUCUCUUGGGUCUGGACACACAUUUUGUUGUAAUGGAAGUGGUGAUGACCUCCAUCACAGACAUGUUUCCCAGAAUAAUGCGCAGGGCAGGGCGGCGGGAACGUUUCCUUGUCCUUUUCUGCCUCAUAUGCUUCUUCUCUCAGCUCAUCAUGAUCACUGAGGGAGGAAUGUAUGUGUUCCAGUUGCUUGACUACUAUGCCUGUAAUGGAGCCUGCAUCUUCUUUCUGUGUGUGUUUGAAUGUUUGGCACUGGGCUGGGUAUUUGGUACAGAGCGAAUUUGUGUCAUCAUAAAGGACAUGACGGGGCUGCACCCAAAUCCAUUCUUUAAAAUCUGCUGGCGUUACCUCACACCCCUGGUUUCACUGGGUACAUUUAUAUGUUCCUUAAUUAAGUACCAGCCUCUGACCUUUAAUCGCUGGUACGUGUAUCCAACAUGGGCCUACGUCCUGGGCUGGGUACUGGCACUCUCCUCCAUCCUGUGUGUGCCGGGAUUGGCUGUCUAUAAACUGUGUACUGAGAGUGCAACCCUGAGUCAGCGUUUCCGUGUGCUGUGCCAGCCUGACCGCUCACUGAGCCAAAAGGAAGAAGCCGAGCUGGAGCAAAUGACAGGAGAAACUUUGAACAAGCGCAUCAUCAUUAGGUGA